AUGGCCGAGCAAGGCGGCGCCUCAAAUGAUGUCGAACGGGUAGCUCAACACGCGCCGGGUUCGCAGGGUCGUCUUUCUACCUCGGAGGGACGCGCAUCUAGACGUAUUUCCCGAGUCUCUUACAAGGAAGACUGGGCCAAUCUUGACGAAUAUGGCAAGCUUGUCAAAUACGUGUCGACCUACCGCGAGGGCGGUCAAGGCGACGAAGGAGAGACGGAGGUAGAGGUGAGAAGAGUUUGGUAUGCUCCCUGGAAGAAACGCAAGGUCCGUGUUAGACAUGUGGACCAAGACAGUGGCCAGUUCCCGGAAGACUGGCUCCUCACCGAUAUCCAUCACGGCCUGUCCAGCGACGAGGUUGCCAAUAGGCGUCGCAGAGCGGGAUGGAACGAACUUGUGUCAGAGAAGGAAAAUCCAAUCGCCAAAAUCAUAUCGUACUUUAGGGGCCCCAUUUUGUAUGUAAUGGAGCUGGCCGUUCUUCUUGCAGCGGGUCUGGGUGAUUGGAUUGAUUUCGGUGUCAUCAUCGGUAUCCUGUGUCUGAACGCUGCUGUUGGUUGGUACCAAGAGAAGCAAGCUGCCGAUGUUGUCGCUAGUCUCAAGGGCGAUAUUGCAAUGAGGACAACAGUUAUCCGUGAUGGUCAGGAACAGGAGAUCCUAGCCCGCGAGCUCGUACCUGGUGAUGUGAUCAUAAUCGGGGACGGGCAAGUGGUCCCUGCUGAUUCACGAAUAAUUUGUGAUGUGAAAGAUCCAAAUGGAUGGGAAGAUUUCAAAACUCUGCAGAACCAGGGAGACCUGAGCAGUACUUCGGAAUCCGAUAUUGAAGAUGCCGAGGGUGCGGAUACCAAAGAGAAGAACAAAGAAGGUGCCGACGAGAAGCCGCAGAAACCUAGAAAACGUGGCUACCCUAUCCUAGCUUGUGACCAUUCAGCCAUCACCGGAGAGUCUCUCGCGGUUGAUCGUUAUAUGGGCGAGAUGAUUUACUAUACGACCGGCUGUAAGCGUGGCAAAGCCUACGCCGUGGUUCAGACUUCGGCGAAACUCUCGUUCGUGGGUAGAACUGCUACCAUGGUCCAGGCAGCCCAAGGUGCUGGUCAUUUCGAAAAAGUCAUGGAUAACAUCGGUACAUCGCUUCUCAUCCUCGUCAUGGCAUGGAUUCUGGCCGCAUGGAUUGGGGGCUUCUUCCGGCACAUCCCAAUUGCUUCGCCUCGCCAGCAAACACUACUCCAUUACACCCUAGCAUUGCUGAUUGUCGGUGUUCCUGUCGGUCUUCCUGUCGUCACGACUACUACCAUGGCUGUAGGAGCAGCAUACCUUGCAAAGAAAAAGGCUAUCGUGCAAAAGCUGACUGCGAUUGAGUCGCUCGCGGGUGUCGAUGUCUUGUGCUCUGAUAAAACCGGUACACUUACGGCCAACAAGUUGAGCAUCCGGAAUCCAUAUGUGGCUGAAGGUGUCGAUGUCGACUGGAUGUUUGCCGUGGCAGUUUUGGCAUCGUCCCACAACAUUGAUUCACUAGACCCGAUUGACAAGGUCACUAUCUUGACACUCCGGCAGUAUCCUAAGGCACGAGAGAUCCUGCGCAGGGGAUGGACGACCGAAAAGUUCCAGCCCUUCGACCCGGUUUCUAAGCGUAUCGUGACCAUUGCCAGCUGUGAUGGGAUCAGAUACACCUGCACCAAGGGAGCGCCCAAGGCAGUGCUUCAGUUGACAAAUUGUUCCAAACAGACUGCAGACUUGUACAAGGCUAAAGCACAGGAAUUUGCGCACCGAGGCUUCCGCUCUUUGGGAGUUGCAGUCCAGAAAGAAGGUGAAGACUGGACCCUUCUUGGCAUGCUUCCGAUGUUUGAUCCACCCCGAGAGGACACGGCCCAGACAAUCCACGAGGCGCAGAAUCUGGGCAUCAGUGUCAAGAUGCUUACAGGUGACGCACUGGCCAUCGCUAAAGAGACAUGCAAGAUGCUUGCCCUGGGAACCAAAGUUUAUAACUCCGACAAACUUAUUCAUGGCGGGCUUAGCGGAGCAAUGGCAGGCGAUUUAGUAGAAAAAGCAGAUGGAUUUGCGGAAGUGUUCCCUGAACAUAAAUAUCAAGUUGUCCAGAUGCUUCAGGACCGAGGCCAUCUGACUGCGAUGACUGGUGAUGGUGUUAAUGAUGCGCCUUCGUUAAAGAAAUCCGACUGCGGUAUUGCCGUUGAAGGAGCUACGGAGGCAGCACAGUCUGCUUCAGACAUUGUCUUCUUAGAACCAGGUCUAUCAACAAUCAUUGAUUCGAUCAAAGUUGCUCGACAGAUCUUCCAUCGCAUGAAGGCAUACAUUCAAUACCGUAUUGCUCUUUGCUUGCAUUUGGAGAUCUAUCUAGUCACAUCAAUGAUCAUCAUUAACGAAAGUAUUCGCGUUGAAUUGGUUGUCUUCCUAGCCCUGUUUGCUGAUCUUGCCACUGUUGCCGUCGCAUAUGACAAUGCGUCUUUCGAGCUACGGCCUGUGCAAUGGCAGCUUCCGAAGAUCUGGUUUAUCUCAUGCCUGCUUGGUCUUUUGCUUGCAAUGGGGACAUGGGUGGUUCGUGGUAGCAUGUUCCUUCCUUCCGGCGGUGUCAUUCAAAAUUGGGGCUCGAUUCAAGAAGUGAUCUUCCUAGAAGUCGCGCUUACGGAAAACUGGCUUAUUUUCAUCACGCGUGGUGCCGACACAUGGCCUUCGAUCCAUCUGGUUACCGCCAUUCUGGGUGUGGAUGUACUGGCGACUAUUUUCUGCCUAUUCGGCUGGUUCACUAACGAAACAAUGCCCACCAAGCCCGCCGAUAAGUUUGUUGAAACUACUAAUGGCUGGACCGAUAUCGUGACGGUGGUCCGAAUUUGGGGUUACUCCCUGGGCGUGACCAUCGUUAUCGCAUUGGUAUACUUCAUGCUCAACAAGUUCAAGUGGCUUGAUGACCUGGGCCGUGAAAAGCGCGACAAGGGUGACUUGAAAAUUGAGAAUCUGCUUGGGCAUCUUGCUCGCUUGACCGUUGAGUACGACAGACCGGGACAGCCACCAGCUCGUUUUUACUUGGCUGCCCCUAAGGAGGAAGAGGAGGUUGAGUAAUAGAAUACCUCAGGCGUCGUUCUGUAUUACAGAACCUGCGUCCUGCAGGUCUCACUGGGAAUGGAAUGUUCGACAAUUGCUG